GACUGAUCUCAACCGGUUAGCAGUUUGAAUGGCAGUUCUGGCUGGUGAUGGCUUGCUAUGCCGACCACUGCUAGCUUCUGUAGAUGAAGCUUUGGAGAAGUAUGGGGAAUCCUUAGUGCGACAGUGUGGAUAUGUCUAUCAAUUUCACCUCAAGGAUGGGGGCGAGCGCGGCAACUUCACGCUGGAUUUGAAGAAUGGACGUGGCUCGCUUCGUGUCGGAUAUGACCCCCGGGCUGAUGUAUUUAUCAGCAUGCUGGAUGAAGACAUGGUUGCCCUGGGCAAGGGCACCUUGAGUAUUUUCAAUGCGCUUCGCGACGGUCGUUUGCAGAUCAAAGGAGAUCAGCUGGCCUCGCAAGUUCUGGUGGAUGUGAUGCAACGCAUCGAGCGAACGAAGAGGAACGAUGUCCCCAAAGCUGUACCUCAAAGUGACGAGAGUACGAAGAUGUGGCGAUUUGGCGCAGUGCUUUGCUUCCUUGUGAUCGUUGUGCUUGCCAUUUGCAUCGUAAAUCCCUGGGAGAUUCACAGGUCUGCUGGAGGGCCUCGUGAGAUGGAGAUCCUGGCACACAUGAGCCAAGGGAACCUUUGGAAACUCAAUAACGGCAUCGUGAAGAAGAUGAACACCUUUACCAUGAAGGCGUUCAAGACUCUUUUUCCUAUGAAGAAGGCGGUUGACGUGAUCCCGUCCGACGUUUUCCUGGUGGGUUCUUUAGGAACCGGAACAACCUGGCUCAGCCAUAUCAUGCACGGCUUACGAAGUGGUGGAAGCACUUUUGCUGCAAUGGUACGCCAGAGUACUUGAGGAUCACUAGCUUGAACAUUAGGUGCUGCCGCAAAAUCUGGCCAUGCUCAAGUGACAAAUGAUUUCUUGGCUUCCAGAUUGCCUUGCAGAUUGAAUGCCAGGGACAAUCGCUUACCGCAACUCAAUAUUAUAUGGAUAUUUCUUAUGUGAACCCCAUUUGACUCGUCGUCUAAACUUUGCCUACCUCUCUCUCUAUAAAUAUAUAUAUAUACACAGUAUAUACACCUCAUUUUCCCCUAACAUUACAUGAGUGCUUUGUUGUUGCUGUUGCAUAGAAACAAUUCUUGGUGCUCCUCAAUUGGAGAUUUGGUACCACUCCUUUGAACUUUAGGCCAACUGAGAGGCAGGAACCUUACAUAUCACUAUCAUGUGCUUGCUGAGAGAAAUGUGAGGGUAAUUUGUGACAGUUAUGACAUGUUGCUAAGGUAUGUCCUUUGAGGACCAGAAACACUUUGGGGGAUCCUGAUCAUUGGAUCAUAGCCAUAGCCAUAGCUCAAAAGCUCAACAAGAUAUUUCGUUAUACUCGUACUAGAGCACCUAUCCAUCUGAUGUUGUAUUUGGCAACCAUG